AUGAAGGUUGAUUCUCGGCCAACUUCCCCUCAGAAGAUCGCUGGUCAACACGCUGCUUUGACGCCCCGUCACCCAGACAAGAAGAAUCCGUCCCCGGACUCUAAGGACCAAAAUCGCAGUGUCAAGCCUCCGUGGGAACUAGAAUCGCUUUAUCGAAGAUCAAAUAGUCAGGGCAUGCUUCUCAGCACGUCUGAUGCACAAGGCCGAGUCUCAUCGCCCUCAGGUCAUACUAGCACGGGCGUGGCUGGUUCGGAGCGAAUCUUUACUCGAAGUACUCUGCCCAACUGGCCUCCAGUAUCCUCAUCUUACCAAAAAUCGACGGCAACUACUUCGGGAUCGAAUGGCAAAAAGUCACGUCGAGGAGGGGCACCAAUAGCCUCGUCUAAUUAUACUGUUGAGCACAUCCCCGGACAACUGCCGCCGCAAAAAGCGUCGCCCCCCGAAUACGGCGUACCUGUUUGUGUGAUCAACCCCAGCGUCCCUUGUUGGUAGUACCUGCAAUACAAUACAAGUAAUUGUUGUUCUGCCUGCCUCAUUUCUUAUCCUCUUCUUAGUCUAUGAUAA